AUGACCAUAUGUUUCUUCUUCCGUCUUUAUUUGUACACUUGCCCUCUGUCCCCGCGCUUCAGUGGUUGCUCCUCUAUCUUGACCAGAAACUUAAUGCACUGGGCUUCAAGACUAUUUUUGCUGGUAUUUCUAUGUUUUGGAACAAUUUGCACUUAUUUGACGCUAGUUGGAUAUGUGUGUAUGAGGAAUUUGAUUACGAUAGUCGCGAUCGAAAUUCUGUCCGGAUUGUGCUUCAUUCCGGACGAGGGACACAUCCAGGUUCUUCGAGCCAUCACAGAGUUCACUGUAAAAUGCUCUUUUUUCCAGGUUAGCACGUUGCUCGGCGAACGAACCCGCUUCCAGACGCUUGUCUCCGACUUGCACCGUACGUAUUCAACGGACAGAGACACCGACAGGGUCAGAACUGCCAUAUUUGGACUAAUCAAUGCAUUGCUAAGGACUGGCGCAGCUGAGAACUGUGCCAUCUAUCGUCAACACCUCCGCUCCGAACUCCUAAUGCUGGGAAUGUCAACGACCCUGGAGCAGUGUCGUGGGACAGCUUCACAACGGUUGGAGGAUCAUAUCGAUCUGUUUGAAAUGAUGCGGAAGGAAGACGAGAUAUCUCUAGCUGGAAGUUGUACCAGCAGUGAUAUCUCUUCAUCAUCUGGAACCUCGUCUCCAAUCGAUUUUGAAUCAGUAGUUGGGAUGGCAGAGGCACUUCAUCUAAAAUUAAAACAUAGUCUAGCGCUUCCACAUUUUCAUUCCCUACUCCAACAUCUCUUCAUGGUACCCGCUGAUGAUCAACAUGUUCCGCUAUGGCGUCUUUUUGAUCUCAUUCUUCAACAUCUGACGCUUCAAACCACUGUGAAUGGAAUGACAGAUGUUAACUCGCCUAUACAGAACCACGUGGAUAUGGCGGAAAUCUUGGCACGCCUUCAGAAUCAUUGCGACUAUGAACGAAUAGCUAAGGAACUGGAGAAGGCAAAAGAAGAUAUGGAUAUGGAGAGAACGAGGAUAUUGGAAUUGGAAAAUCGGUUGGCAGAUUUCAGUGAUGGACGAGCUGGUAGUAGAAUCUCCCUUGCAUCAACCUCGGCAUCCUCCAGCCCCUCUGAUCCGUGCCCUUCGCCUCCUCUACUUCCUCCGAUCUGUCCUCCAGCUCCUCCUCCACCACCGCCAAUCAACGGAUUACUGUCAGGUGAUGCACCGAAAGACGCGUUGAAGAAUGUACCCGAACCUUCUGGAAACAUGAAAACGCUGAAUUGGCAAAGGCUGAUUUCUGAGAAAACGAAAGGAACCGUUUGGGAUGGGAUUGAUGAUGAGAAGAUUUACAAACAAUUGGAUUUGCAAGAGUUGAAUGGAUGUUUUGCGGCAAGUUCAUCACAUAAGGAUGAGGAUACCGACACGUUAUAUGGGACGAUCAAUAGGAGGCCGCAGCAGGCAAAUAUCACUGUCAUCGAUCCUCGCCGCUAUCAGAACUGCACCAUCAUGCUUUCCAAACUGAAACUCUCCCAUAAAGAAAUCAAACAAGCGAUGAUGUCAAUGGAUGAGAAAUGCAAGCUGCCCAAGGACAUGAUUGAACAAAUGCUGAAAUUUAUGCCAACGAAAGAAGAGCUUUCCCAGAUCAAUGACAGUGUUCAGAAGCAUGGAGGAUCCCCGACUGUCCUUGCAUUGGCUGAUCGAUACAUGUUCGAGAUUUCCAGCAUUCCAAGAUUCGAACAACGUCUUCGAUGUCUUCAUAUUAUUCGAAGCUUCCAUGAUAGAGUUGAAGCUCUCGUUCCAUUUAUUCAAGUCGUGCUGAAAGCCACGUCAUCCAUUCAACAGAACAAACGAUUCCGCCAAAUAUUGACUAUUAUUCUAGCUGUUGGAAACUAUUUGAAUUUUGGGAAACGAAAUGGAAACGCUUAUGGAUUUGAAAUCGCAUCGAUCAAUAAGUUGUCAGAUGUUAAAAAUACAUUGAGGAAUGAUAGAAAUCUUCUACACUUUGUGGUUCAAUUCAUCGAAAAGAAAUAUCCAGAUUUGACGAAAUUCAAAAAAGACCUGGCUACAGUAACCGAGGCAGCGAGAUUCAGUCAAUCAGAAACUGCGGCGGAGAUUCGAAGUCUAGAAGAAUCCCUCUUAAUCGUCAGAAAGGAACUGAACCUCCUGGAAUCUUCAGAGCUCCCCGAGCACAUUUCAUUAGAAGGGGAUAGAUUCGGACACGUGGCAAAAGGAUUCAUUGAGAAGGCCACAGGAGAGUAUCACAACUUGGAUAAGAUGUUUAGAGAAAUGAAGAAUAAGUUCUCCGAGUGCGCCAAAUACUUCUGCUACUCGCCAUCUGGAGGAAAUCCAAUUCCAGAAGAGUUUUUCUCAGUGAUCAAUAAAUUCCUGAUCACAUUCAACGAAUAUCAUCAUCAACUCUGGGUCGAGGUGGAGGAAGAGGAGAAGAUCAAACGGCAAACCAUUGCUAGAUCGUUCUUGGCGAAGAAAUCCACCACCCGCCGAAAAGAGAACCACAAAGAGCGAGACUUCGAACAGCUGAUCUCCGCCCUCCAAUCCGGUGACAUCUUCAAAGAAGAGCUCUCACGUCUUCGGACAUCAUUCCGACCCAAAAAAUCUGUCAAGUCAUCAUAA